GCUGGCAUCCGCUUUGUUUACACUGCAGACGCUGUCACAAAUGACUCCUAAAAGGUGAUACCAAGAAUGCAAGGAAUGCCCCAGUAGUCACCGCUGGAAAUACGCAAAAGCUAUAAUGCUUCUAAAUCCGGACAUGCUUCCCCAACAAGAUGGCGCCAUGUCCAUAGAGCCACAGUAUGAUGGGGUCAUAAUGCUCAGUCCCGAGGCUGUGCUCUUCAGCGAUGCGAAGCCUAGACCUGAUGGACGGAAGGUAUACCACGUAUUUGAGCGAACCCCGGGGGACGGGCCACGGGAUGAGGCAGCACAGAAUGAUGACUUUAGGUCCAGAAGAGAGCAGCUCUUUUCUCAGGCACAUGAGAAUACCAUACACAACAUACAGCAGGUGCUGGCCGAAAGCGGGCUAGUCAACCAGGACUGGUGUGAAGGGAGCCUGGGGGACACAGCCGAGGGUACACCAGUAGCACCAACUAACAACCAUUCUACAGAAGUCCACAAUAUCACCCAAACUACACAAAGUAAUGCCAACACACAGACCUGUCUUGAUCAUCAGCUACAGCCUCCACCCCGCAAGCUCCACCAAUUUGAAAUGGUGUUCCCCAUUGAGCCAUACAGCUGUGUGCAGAAACGACGGCUCCUAAGGCGCUUACGCCGCAAAGGAGUUGGACAAGUUGAGUUAGAACCUGAAAACCACCGCAUUAAUGUCACCACACGGAGAUCAGCCAACGUAAUCUUGUCUGUCCUGCGAGGAGUCGACCCCAAUGCCAGGCUAUUGGGGACAUUCCGGGAAACGUUAAUAGAGGAUAACAUAGAUCCAGAUUCUGUUGAGGUUGUGGAUGGGUUAUAGGAUAAGGAUAGGUGCUAGACCCUAUGCUUUAGGGUCAGUAGUCAGAAUUUGUUAGCCAUGAAUGACCAGGGAGUAGUUAGCUGCCAGGAGUUUCUAAGUAAAGAUUUAUAUACUGUGAGCGAGCGUGGACACAAGCAGAAUACUGUAGUCAACUUGCAUGUCACUAAGCUACAAAGUUGGUUUCAUACCUCAUAGAACUGCAGAAACAUUAACAUAACCUGCUCUGGGCUGCUCUCAUGAGAUUUGCCCAUAUUUGUGCACAUCUGCAAAGGCAUUUGAACUUUUAUUAUAUUGAGCUAUUGUAAGGGAUGGAUGAUAUAAUGUUCAAAAUGUCAAACAGUGCAUCCCUCAAAAUUGUUUAUAAUGAGGUGGUUGGGUUUGAAAGCCACCUGUUGAAAGACUGGCUAAACUUGGGUUCAGAGUUAGAGUGGGAUCAGUUUGUUCCUCUCAGCUUAACAUCAUGCAUUUCUCUAGGUGAAAGAAACUAAUAAGCAAGUCCAGGAAAUGUAUAAAUGAAUUGUUCUUCAGUAAUCUGUAAUCACAGACCAUUCCUUUUUUUUCUUCUUCAUUUGUUGAUGAUGAUGGAUUUAUGUAGUUGUACAUUUCUGUUAGUGAAGGAGGUUGUAAUAAUCAUAUGCCAUGCCCUUGUCAAUAUCAAGAUGCCCAGAAUAGAUACGGUGCACAACAGACACUGUUUGUUGUUGUUUUUGGGGGGAUGGGGGGUCUGAGGGUAUUGGAGCAUUAAUAUUUUUUCUAGAGGUGCACAUUUAAUUGUAAUCUCUUUGACACUUAAAAGUGAACAUUUUCUAAAUUAAUGGUAAGAACCAAAUGUGAAAGUCAUACUGUGCAUUACUUCAGCAUGGUAAUUCUUUGUGGGUUAGCAUUCAUUCUGUUUAAAGUGAGUGUUAAGUUAAAUAACAUAUUGACAGCUACAGGGUACCUUCAAAUCUCAUGUUAUAGUGAGUUCUAGUCAACAUAAGGGUAUGACAGUUUUAUUAUUUUAUUUAUUUAUUUAUUAUUAUUGUUGUUGUUUUUAUUAUUAUUAUUAUUAUUAUUAUUAAUAUCAUUAUUAUUAUUAUUAUGAUUAUUGCUAUUAUUAUUAUUAUUAUUAUUAUUAUUAUUAUUAUUAUUAUUGUUAUCAUGAUCAUGAUCAUCAUCAUUAGCAUUAUUGAUAUUAAUAUAAUUUUUGAAUUAUGGCUCUUGAUAUAAAGAUAAUCAUAAUGAUUAUGCUUUUUUUCUCUAUCUUUCUUUUUUUAUCAUAGUAUAUAUAUUUUUAUUCUACUUUCUAAUAUUUUCAGUGUAUUUAGUAUAUUAGUAUUACAAGUAUUAUUAGUAACAUUUUUUUAUUGCUUUGUCUACCAUGGGUAUACCUUACCUGUUUUGAAGAUUAAGGAUUAAUACUAAUAUUUGUUUAUAUUAUCAGGCAUUUUGUCUUCCUCUCAUUUCUUCUUUGUCUUUUUUUUGUCUCUUUGAUUUAUUACUCCUACUGGUAGUGGUAUAUGUAUUCAGUACUUCCUAUGUUAUCUUGUAAACACAGCAGUUUAUGAGAGUUAUGUGUAAGUUGUUUUAUUCUGUAAGUAAACAGUUUUUUCUUCUUUGCCAUAGAGAAGAGUAUCCAGGUAAGAAUGAGAGAAAAGAAAAAUGCACAUUGUUAUUAAAGUAAUACAGUUAUAUUUAUAUAAAUUAUUUUCUUUUGUUGUUUGUUUGCUUGGUGAAAAGCCAGAUUGAAAGUGUUCACUUAUUACCAUAUGUCUACCUAAGGUUCACUAAAACCAAAACCACGCGCUACCUACCAAGAAAGUCAUUUUAUCAUAGCAUUUUUCUCCUCAUAUUACAUUGAACCAGCCAAGUAUUUAGAUGCUAGUAGAGCACACUUUAAUUUACAAUAGUUAUUAGCAUUUCAUUGUAUUUAUUUAUUUAAUUUUUCAUAGAAGGAAAGGAAAGUGAGUGCUUGUGCUCAGGACCCUAAUAUAUUUUGCACAAAUGGAUCUUUUUUUUAUACUGUAUUUGUUCUGCAUUGUCUGUCUCUGGGUCUUUUUUCCCUAAGAUAGCAGUAUCACCUAUUCAAUAAGUGCUUUUAAAGAGCAAAUGCUGGAUUGUGUGACAUAAGCACUGGCACUAUGUCUGGCAACAUAUAUUACUGAAGAGUGUAUUUGGAAAUUUGUAUUAGUGUAAGUAAUCAGUGAAAAUUCUGUAAUUCAGUGAAAAUUCAGUAACUGUAUUGUAUGGUGGUUAGGCCAAGAUACUUAUAGAAUCUCAGAUGUAGGUGGUAGUGAAUGAGUUAUAUUUAUAUUAAGUUUUACAUUAUUUUCCCCCCUGCCAAGUCACCAGGGAUGGAUUAUACAUUCAUUAAGGAGCACAAAUAGUAUUCCUUUCGGAGAAUCUUAAGAAAAUUAUAUGCUUGCUAUCGUCCACUGGAAUAAUGUUUAUUUGUAUAUUUAUUAGGUAAUCAUAGCACAUGCCCAAACUUGGCUCAUUAAUGUUAUAUUUUUCUUGCACACUUGAUAAUUUUCCAUCACCAGGAGGUUUAAGAAGAAAGUCACUUACAGGGAUUAGAUUCUUUUUCAUUAACUGCAUCAUUGUUUUGUGUAUCAACAUUAUCGCAACAUAAUCAUUAUCAUUAUUCAGCACAACUGUAUAGGAUUACAUUUUUAUUAUGAUUGUAGCACAAAGUUAUUAUAGAAAAGUGCAGUCUACAUACGU